AUGGGCAGCAGCAGCAAGGCCUCGCCCGGCGCGACGGGUUCUGCGUCGCCACCCAAGAAGGACGGGCCCAGCCCGGAGCCGGCGCGCAUCGUGAGCGACCUCGUGGCGCAGGCGGCUCAGGGGGGACCGCCCAGCGUGUCUCAGGGCUUGUCGGCGCACCCUAAGAUUGUCGCGAUGCAGGCGGUGUGGGAGAAGGACCAGCUCGACGACGGGGAGCGGGCCGUGGGUGGUUUGCCCAGUGUUGAUACGGGCGCCGAGAAAGGACCAGCUAUUAGCCCGACUGCGCAAACAGCGGCGUCAUUGAAACGCCCCGGCCCGGAAACGCCGUCUUCAGAGCCCCCUAACAAGAAGCAGCAGGUCUCCCGCCGGCCACUGCCUAGCGGGCCGUUGUCGACGGCGAAGGGCCAUAACUCGGUCCGCGCCGAGGCGCGUCGCUUUACUGACGCGGCGGUCGCCAAGCGCAUGGCCAGCUUGACGGUUCACACGACCCCGAAGCCCGAGUGGCAACAGAAGGCUUCCACCCCCGAGCAGGUGAUGGCCAUGAUCAAGCAGGGGCCUCUGAAGGGCACAGUCACGCCUGCGUACUUGAAGACGGAGGUGUCUGCGUCUCAGUCUGUGGCUCUAGCAAAAUCACAAACGACGCCUACUCCUACGUCUCAGUUUACGGCUCAAGCAAAGCCAAAGACGGCGGUCCCUCCUCAAAAGGUAGAGCUACCUGCCUCUCAGUCUACAUCUACAGUAAAGGGCAAGCCGCCGACUGCUCCUCAAAAGGCAGACCAGCCUGGUUCUCAGCCCGCGUCUUCGACACUUCCAAAAACAGGACCACCUACGUCUACAGGCCAUUUCACAGCUGUGACCACAUCUACGGCAAGCGGAAAGUCGGCGCCCAAGGUUGGAGAUCGACUCGCUGCUAUCCCCGUAGCAGAGGGCGACCGGCUAUACUCCCUUUAUCCAGAGCCUCAGGGAGGAACAGUAUCCGCUCGUGGUGCACUCAUUCCUGCAAAGUACAAGCUGCACGACAACCCUCAGCUUCCCUUUAUCUGCCCUGUUCGAGACUGCCGUCGCCUAUUCCCUUCUCUUAAAGGCCUAGGCGGGCACUUCGCCGCAGGCCACUGCACAUUGACCUUCAACGACAAUGGAGACGGGACCCUGAGCAAGGUGGGAUCAUAUGUCAACCAUGGCCUUGGAGGCACACCAGGCAUUGUUAUAUCACGGAAUCCUCUUCCUCCAGAUGCGCCGCCGCCAAUUGACCCAGGGCUUUCGUUCUUUUCAGCACGCAUCAACACCCCCACUCCCAAGUUGACAUCGCCUGAGAACCCGAAACCUUCCCUGAGGCCAAGCACAGUCAGUGCGGUUCCUCUACCAAAGAUUCCUCCGAGUCCGCGUUCAGGAGUCAAGGACUAUCUACAUGGAUUUCUCCUUCCUAAGCAGAAGAUUUACAAACGAGAAGAUGUCCGGUACAUGAUUACUCUGCCAAAGAAACGCGAGCUACCUCAAGCAUGGAUCGACUGCCACCGGGACACCGAAUUGGACUCCACUCACUACGCGUGCGCGUUAGCAUACUUGACCGGCGAUGAGGUUAUUGGAUCUGACAAGUGUGAGUCCCAUACUCGGUACCACUCACGACCAACGUCGCGACUGUCAAAGCAUUGUAUCAGAGUACCGGCAAAUAUGCACGUAUCGUCAAAGCGAUUGUUCUCGCCGUUCCUUACGUGCGUUGGGUGUAGGUACUGGAGCCAUCUGCAGCGGCAGACUAACCAGUGCGACUGGUCUCCUCAUCCCCAGGUGCCACGAGGGGCGUCGGCGUUGUCUAGCUCAAGUACAGAAACUACCGCCGGCAAGCCUAACAUGACGGAGGUGGACAAGUCGGAGCUAAAGCCAGUCGCGCCAGAGCCCGAGUCGGAGCCCGACUCAGAUGAGGAUCCGGUGCAAAAUCUCAGACAAACACGCAGGCGGCAUGUGGCGUCGGCGUCGGCGUCGGCGACUUCAGUCACCAUGGUGGAGAGUAAGACGGUAGAGACGGCGGGUCAGCUUUCCGGGCCAGCUUUGGAAAUGGAGGAAUGGGAGGUUGCCCCAGGAAGGAUGACAGAUGGGUCUUCCUCUCAAAAUAUUGCCUUUUCCAACUCAUACCUCACAAGCGGUCAACCCGUUUCUGUAUCCGAGGACGUCAGCUUUAACGUACUGGUCAUCAAGCCUGGGUCCUCGAAUCACUGGACCAUUGAGGAUGACAGGCUGCGUACAGUUUCGGUAGCUGCCGGCAAGGUGAACGUCACGAUGAGCGAAAAAUCAUUCCAGCUGGGUCCCAACGGCAUGUUUGUGGUACCUUCUGGCGAUACAGACUCCCUCAGUGUCAAUCCAGGCAGCCCGCCCAGCCCGUUGCCGCCGCUCAGCAACUACUCGACGAACAGGAACGAUCAAGUUGACGACUUGCGCUUGAACCCAGAGGAGACAUCUACACGCACAGAGACGGAAGUGGAUGCCAAGGGAGGCAUCGUGGCAGACGAGAUCAAGGAAAAGGAGAACGCGACUCCACCGGCCAGCUUUCACCCCGGCCGCUUCAUCCUCGACCCGGCAGGCGAACUCACACACGAUGAGACGACUGUGGAUAUAAUCACAGUUCCUUGUCCCGGAGGCCAUCCCCUCAAGACAUGGAAUCGGGACGCUCUUAUGGGUCGCUACUUCGGCGCCCCGUCGAUGCGUGAAGCUGAAGGGCCUACUACUAACACCAACAAAAGCAGCACAGCCAGCAGCAACACAACCAGCACAAGCAGCACAAACAGCAAUGACCCGGACCGCCCAGCGCCGUCAUGGGUCCGCCAGGGCAUUCGGCGCGAGGCCAACCGCGCGCGGAUCCUGCUGUACGAACAUCCCGCGCCGGCAGAGGGCGGCUCCAUGACGCUGAGUGCGCUGGCGGAUGCGCUGCUGGAGGAGCUGGAGGCGCUGCGGACGAGGGAGAAUGCGGCGGGACGACCGGUUGUAUUUGUGGGACACAGCGUGGGAGGAAUCGUAGUGAAGAUGGUGUUGGUCAAGGCAAGUCGGAACCCGAGGUUCGAGGAUAUCUUGAGACAGUGCUACGGGGUUGCCUUCUUCGGGACUCCCCACCAGGGCUCGAGUUACUUUUCCAUGCCCAGUCUGGCAUCUAGCAUCCAGGGUCUACUCCAGCUGUCUUCUCCUUUGCCAACGGCAAUUACAGACGAGCUGCGUGUCGGCAACCGGCUCCUCCUCCAUCUCGACGACGACUUCAAGGCCAUCGCGACCGAUUUGCGGGUCUGGACUCUCUACGAGACCAUCGACUCACGCCUAUCGGGCGCUGGCUCGGGCGACGUCUACUUUACCGCACCCCUCACGUCCAUCAAGUCGGCCAUCCUAGGCAUGCGCCAGGAGACAAUCCUACCAUUGCAGAGCGACCACGCGAACGUGGCUUCGUUCGGCCGCAACAACGUGCACACGAUGCGUUUGUUCCUGCGCCAGCUGAAGGCGCUGAUUCAGCGCGCCGACGAGUACUCGCGCGAGGAUGGGCACUGGUCGCUGAACCUGGAGCAGCGGGUGAGCAUCGAGGUUCAUGGCUUCUUCGAGGACCCCGUCGGGCCACAGAGCGUAGAUGGGACGAUUCGUGCGUGGUCAACAAGGCUUCCACUGAAGGAGUUCCUGCGCAAAGGACCUGUGGAGUGUCUGGCGGAUAGGUUGAAUGAGGUGGAGGGAGUCGAGGAGAGGAGGUUUCUGAGUAACAGAGGGAGGACAGGACUGAUCGACGCCCACGAACCGCCCGCGGGCACGGAAGAGAUCACCACUGGGGCGAAUAAGAAUGCGCUGGGGAUUCAACAGGAGGGGGUAGUGCCGUUGUCCCCUCCAACAUCUCCUGUCCUCAGACCUGUCGAUGCUCCUCUGAGAACGAGGACUGAGUCGGCGCCUCAGACAGUUCCUGGGAUUCCUAUAACAACGCCUCCAUCCCGAGGAACAUCUCCUCCUACUCGAUACUCGAGCCCUAUGCGGCGGCCAUCACCCAUGUUCCGUCCCAACUUUGACCAAGACCUGAUGGUAGACCGUCUCUCGCCGCCUCCCGGAGGCCGCAUGGGUCGUUCUCUUAGUCGGUCGUUCAGCAUGGGGAGCCACGCGUCUGGAGGUUACGAAUACCGAGAUUUCCCGCCCUUCUCGCAACGGAGUCGGAGCACGAUUGAGGCCAACUUUAGCGAGGAUGACGACAGGGAUCAUGGUUUGGAUGCGUCGCCGCGGCUGCCAGAGGCGGUAGUGGCGAUUCGAAAGGCGGCUAACGAGAGGCAGAGGAGAGCCAGCGAGACGGUGAUUGUGGACGAGCCGCCCGUUGCGUUUACGAAGCCCGAGGUGGAUGCGAGGAAGUUUCCUGCAGUUUCACCUAGAGCCAGCUCCUCCAAGAAUCAGUCCGUAUCCCCCUCGCCAAACAAUGGCACCUAUACCUGCCUCUUCCUACCGUACCUUCACUUCGACUCCUACAAGAGGUUACUGAAGCGCCGCGAAGCCAUCCUCGAACGUCUUCGCCAUGGAAGAGCACGCCCUAUUCCCGAGGAAAUUGGAAAGUGCGACUCGCUCGAGGUCCAAGUCAUCUGGGAGUUUCUCGGCCACGACCCGCCACUAAACUGCAGGCGCACGUUGGACCAAUACGGAUAUCCGUCACUCCGGGACACGCGGUCAAGAGAUGAUGACCAGAUGCUGUACAAGCUUACCAAGGAACGGGGCCAGCUUCCAGGGGAACAAACCUGGCUAGAUAGACAAGGGUCAUCUAGUAGUGCAGAGACGGGCGAAAGCUCGAGUAAGAAGUCGAAGACUGGCAAUGUGGAUGGGGAUCAGGAUUCAGAAGACGAGGAGAAGGAUGAUGUACUGAACGGGAAUGUGUUGAUGGUAGAUCAGCUCUGGAUGUGGGUGAUUGAUUCACAUACCUUGCUCUCAUUCUUCCCAAAGCGGGAGGGUGAUGCCAUCGAGGGACCUCUGUACCAGCAGGCGGAUCUCCGUGACAGCAUCUUCAAUGAGGUAAACGUCGAUCUCACGCGACAGUGCGAGAAUGCCCUGGAUCUAGCAGCUCUGGCGGCGCUGCAUGCUGUUAGUGUGCUGCUUGACCGAUCAUCACACCCAGAUCUGGAGGUUUUCCGUAUCUUUGAGGAGGCGAUUAGUGUGUUGACCGAAAAGCUCACGUCGUCACUGAAGAACUUCCGUGCUGAGGGGUUCCGCGAUAAAGCAGUGGCAUUUGAGCCCGUCGAGAACAAGGUCCGAUUAAUCAGGGCUCGACACAAGGCAGAAGGCCAGCGAGCCGAGGAAGACAACCGCGACAAUACGUCGGCGCUGCUUGAGCUACGAGACAUCGAAGACGAGUUACUGAUCCUGCUCCACCUGUUCGAGCGGCAGACCAAGGUCAUCAGUGCGAUGCACGCGACAUAUAGCCGGCCAGAGAUGCGGGAGCGCACAACCAACGGGCGCGUGUUCCUCAACGAAGCACUCAAGAAGCUGGGCGAGUACGUGCACCAGACUAACGAGAUGAUCCAGCGGGUGCGGAAUACGCGCGAUGACUACGACAAGCUGCUGCAGAUGGUGCAGCGUCAGGCCCAAGUCGACGAGGUGCGGCUCAGCCGGUUGCACGCUGACCUGGCGAGCGCGCAGAGCCGAAGCGUCAUGAUAUUUACGACGUUUACCGUGAUAUUCCUGCCGUUGACCUUCUUCACGGGCCUGUUUGGUAUGAACACGCGAGAAUGGGGCGGCGCUGACAAUCUCCCGCUGAAAACGAUUGGGGCUAUUUCACUACCGUCGAGCAUGCUUCUGGUGAUAGGCUCGCUCAUCAUCGCCUGGAGCACCACAGCGCGGCGCUUCUUCCGCUGGCUGAGCCACCUAUACGCCAUGGCACCGGUGGGGAGAAAGGCGGCCGAGGUGAUGCCGAAGCGGCGGCACGGGCGGACGGGGCCGGGCCGGGACGAGCGGGAGGCCCGGGCCCGGGCGGGGCUUGGGGAGGAGGUGAGUGACUUUUGGGAGCGGCAUCGGCUGGAGAGGGAGAGGGGAUACCAGGUCCCGGAGAAGAAUAGGAGCAGCGCGACGAGCGGCAAGGGGAGUUGGAGAGCGAGGGCGAAGAGCCUGGUGAAGGAUGAGAAGGGGAGGGGGUGA